AACGUAGCAGAGAAAGCCACCUGACAAUCUUCGGCACCUGUAGGCCGCUUUUUACUUACGAAGACCACAUUGUUUUGCUUUGCGGGGUAAAAGAAAUUGUCAUGGAUGGAAUAGAAGGUGCUUACCGUCCGAGGAGUGAAUCAAAUGAAGUGAAAAAUUUGAAUGAUUUUGAAGUUAAGAUUGCUCCUGAUGCAAUGAAUGGUUCGCACUUCACAAACGGUAAAGCAAAUAUGGCCGUCGAAGUCGACGAAGGAGCUGAAAACAAGGGUGAAAGUGCUGAUAAAGAUAAAAAGAGAAAGAAAGAGAAGGAAGAAAAACCACCAGCUGUACCAUUACUCAAACUUUUUCGAUUUAGUGAUAAAGUAGAUGUUCUGCUCAUGGUAUUGGGAACCAUAUCAUCAAUUGGCCAUGGUGCAGCUGUUCCUCUACAGUUCAUUAUCUUUGGUGACCUUAUCAACAGCUUCAUUAAUUUUGACAAAUUAAAAUCAGAUACCAACACAAAGCCAUUUGAUCUUGAAGGAGAGAUGACACAAUUUGCCUUGUACUAUGUCUAUUUAGCUAUUGGAAACAUGGUUGUUGCGUAUGGUCAGAUGGCAUUUUGGUCUCUUACUGCUACUCGACAAGUGAAAAAAAUGCGUUUAGCUUUCUUUCAAUCUGUCCUUAAGCAAGACAUAGGUUGGUUUGACACAACUGAUCCAGGAGAACUCAACAGUAGGCUCACUGAAGACCUCGACAAAGUAAAUGAUGGCAUCGGUCAGAAAAUUGGUAUGUUCCUUCAAGCCAUCACAAUAGUUCUUGUUGGCUUCAUUAUGGGAUUUGUUUAUGGUUGGAAAUUAACCCUUGUAAUAAUUGCUGUCAGCCCUCUUCUGGUUAUUGCAGGUGGACUUAUGGCAAAGAUGUUGUCUUCGAUUACAACCAAGGAGCUUGACGCUUAUGCUAAAGCUGGAAGCAUAGCAGAAGAGGUACUUUCAUCAAUCAGAACUGUAGCUGCCUUUGGAGGGGAGAGGAAAGAAAUUGAAAGAUAUUCAUCGCAUUUGGGAGAAGCCCGAGACUUUGGCACUAAGAAAGGUCUCAUGUCUGGUUUUGGCAUGGGCUUUUUUCAAGUCAUCAUGUUUGGCAGUUAUGCCUUGGCUUUUUGGUAUGGUGCAAAGUUAAUCAUUGAUGGAGAAAUGAAUGGAGGCGACCUGCUCAUUGUGUUCUUUUCAGUUAUGUUUGGAGCUAUGCAGCUUGGUCAAGCUGGUCCAAACUUUGAGUCCAUAGCAACAGCACAAGGAGCAGCAUAUAAAGUUUUUCUUGUUAUUGACAGGAUUCCUCCAAUUGACUCAAGUUCUGCUGAUGGUGAAGUGCUAGAUCACAGUUCUUUCAAGGGAAACAUACUUUUUAAGAACAUUGAAUUUUCCUAUCCAUCGAGACCAGAUAUAAAGACUUUAAAUGGCUUAGACCUGACUGUUAAAAGUGGACAGACUGUGGCAUUGGUGGGUGAGAGUGGCUGUGGAAAGAGUACAGUAGUGAAGCUUUUACAGAGGUUCUAUGACCCAAGUGGUGGUGAGGUAACUGUUGAUGGCUAUGACAUUCGCAAUUUGAACCUAAAGUGGUUACGUGAGCAAAUUGGUGUUGUGAGUCAAGAGCCAAUUCUUUUUGCCACCACAAUAGCUGAGAACAUCAGGUAUGGUAAAGAUGGUGUGACACAGGAGGAUAUUGAAAGAGCAACAAAGAUGGCAAAUGCCCAUGACUUCAUUCAAAGACUCCCACAAGGCUAUGAUACUCUUGUUGGUGAACGUGGAACUCAACUCAGUGGAGGACAGAAGCAGCGUAUUGCAAUUGCACGAGCUCUGGUAAAAGAUCCAAGGAUUUUGUUGUUAGAUGAAGCAACAUCAGCACUGGACAGUGAAAGUGAAUCGAUUGUACAAGCUGCUUUGGAUCAAGCUCGUCAGGGUCGAACAACCAUUGUGAUUGCUCAUCGUUUGUCAACAGUUCAGAAUGCAGAUGUUAUAGCUGCCAUACAGGGUGGUGUGGUGGUUGAGAAAGGAAGCCAUGAUGAACUCAUGCAGACUGAUGGAGUUUAUCACCAACUUGUCACAUUACAGACUUUUGAGGAGGACAAAGAGGACAAAGAAAUUGGUGAUAAUGAUAAUGAAACAGAGGACAUUGAGGAUAAAGAACAGACAGCAGCAGUGAACUUUAUGCGCAGCAUGUCCCAUAUGUCGAGUGACAGUGAGCAUGAAGACACUGAGCUUGAGAGGAAGCUCUCAAGAAGAGCAUCACAAAGAUUGUCUGCCAAGAGGAGGGGCAGUUCUGCAUUUGAUCGGCCAGCCUCUGCGAAGUCUGUGGGUAAGAAUGACAAAGAUGAUAAAGAGAAAAUUUUGGAGGAGGAAGUGGAGCCAGCUCCUGUGAUGCGUAUUAUAAAGUUAAACAAAACAGAAUGGCCAUAUUUGGUAUUAGGAAGUGUAGCCGGGGCCAUAAAUGGACUGUUCCCAUUUGCCUUUGCAUUGGUUCUGUCUGAAAUUCUUGAGGUUUUCACUUUACACGAUAAAGGUGAAAUGAAGAAGCAGUCGGAAUUCUGGUCACUCAUGUUUCUCGCCAUUGGUGUUGCAAGUUUUGUUGCAAAUGUUAUACAGAGUUUUAUGUUCGCAAAGUCAGGCGAACUGUUAACUUUACGCCUGAGAAAAAUGGCAUUUGAGGCCAUCCUAAGACAGGAUAUGUCGUACUUUGAUGAUCCGCAGCACAGUACUGGGGCAUUGACCACAGCAUUGGGAACACACGCCUCGGCUGUUCAAGGGGCCGCAGGUUCUAGACUCGGCACUAUUGCAAUGUCUUUGAGCACAGCUAUUGCCUGCCUUGUGUAUGCUUUUAUUAAUGGAUGGAAGCUGACACUCGUUGUUCUGGCGUUCAUCCCGAUACUGGUGGUUGCCAGUGCAAUUCAGAUGAGAGUGUUUGCCGGAGGUAAAGUUUCUAGUGAUGGUGAAGACGAUUUUGCUCAAUCUGGCAAGAUCGCAGUUGAAACUAUAGAAAAUAUCAGAACUGUGGCUUCACUGGGCAGGGAAACCACCUUCUAUAACGAUUACAGUCGAGCUUUGAUCGGCCCCUACAAAAAGGCAAUGAAACGGGCUCACUUACAAGGGGCUUCAUUUGGUUUAUCAGAGGCGUUCAUGUUCUUUGCUAAUGCAGUCGCUUUCAGAUAUGGGGGGUAUCUUGUGGUAAAAAGAGAGAUGGACAUGGAUGAAGUUAUGAAGGUGGUACUGUCCAUCUUGAUGGGUGGAUUUGUGCUGGGUCAAGUUAGUGCCUUGUCUCCAGACUAUGAGAAAGCCAAGAUAGCUGCUGCUCGCCUCUUUAAACUUUUUGAUCGCAAGUCUCUGGUCGACAGUUCAUCUCAAGAUGGUUUAACACCGAAUUCUAUGGUGGGAACAAUCCAGUUACGCAGCGUACGUUUCCGUUAUCCGACGCGACAAAAUGUCAAAGUACUACGCGGAUUAACACUGUCAAUUCAGAGAGGACAAAAACUUGCUCUUGUUGGCUCCAGUGGCUGUGGUAAAAGUACAGUUGUUUCCCUCUUGGAGAGAUUUUACGAUGCUGAGGACGGAGAAGUGGCCAUCGACGGUAACAAUGUCCGAACUCUGAACAUUCAGUGGCUGCGCUCUCAUAUUGGUAUUGUGUCACAGGAGCCCAUAUUGUUUGGCUGCAGUAUCGCCGAUAAUAUCGCGUAUGGUGACAACUCCCGUCAAGUCAGUCAGGAUGAAAUAGAGGCAGCGGCUAAAUCAGCCAAUGUACACAGUUUCAUCAAUUCUCUACCCCUGGGUUAUAGCACUCUGGUGGGAGACAAAGGGACUCUUAUCUCAGGAGGACAGAAGCAAAGAAUAGCUAUUGCCAGGGCGUUGAUCCGCAAUCCACAUAUUUUGCUUCUUGACGAGGCUACCUCUGCCCUGGACACAGAGAGUGAGAAGGUUGUGCAGCAAGCUCUGGAUGCCGCUAGUGAGGGUCGCACAGCUAUCAUCAUUGCACAUCGAUUGUCCACUGUGCAGAACGCUGACAUCAUAGCAGUGAUCCAUCACGGGCGCGUGGCAGAGCAAGGAACUCAUCAAGACUUGUUGAACCUUAAAGGAGUUUACUACGGUCUUGUUACAGCACAAAUGCAGAACGCAAAUAAUUAACCUUUUUGAAGCGUGUGGAGUUUGAUUUUAUUUUCAUGAAUAUCUCCUACAUACCAUGCGUGCAUCUUAAUGUAAAGAGAGAAUUCUUUUGUUACAUUAUUUAUGUGUUAAAAUUUUUUUUUUGUGGCUGGUAUGGUGACCAGACAUUGAAUUCUUGUACUAUUACCAAUGUCUAAAAAUUCAAACUGUUUCUAAAUACCAAUUUUCCUUAUUUAAUUUUAGUUACCUUCGAUAUUUAUCGUGCAUGUGUUUGUUUCUCUGAUAUGUUGGUGUAAAAAUGUUUUGUUGAGUUCAGUUUUUGUUUUGAAUUUUUAUUACGAUAGUCAGGUUUUUAAUCAGUAGCUGACUGAGUUUUUCUUCUUUAUUUAUCAUCAUAAAUAUAUCUGUAACAAAUUUUUAAUGUGGCAUUCAAGUUACAAUUGAAAAUUGGACGAACUAGUGUGUAGGAGGGUUUAAGGAAACAACAAUAUUUUGAUUAAUUUGGUUGUAUGCUCUCCGUCUUGCCAUGAUGAUGAAAGUUCUUGCAACAGAAAGUACAAUUUUAUGUUUGGAAGCCAUUCGCUCGUGAGCAUACAGAAAUGUUAUUUUCAAAGGUUUUCCAACUAGUUUUGUUAACUUCCUAUUAUAAUAAAUGUUGCCUUGAAAAGGAGAACCUCAUAUUCAUAUACAUUGAGGAUGAAUACUGUGUAACCACACAAUGUAACUCAAUUCUUAUUAACCAAUUGUAACUCUGUCAGCAUUAACAUAUACUAUAGUGAAACUAGACAUUGUUGUAUUAUUGUAACCAUAUUUACAUAUUUUAAAAUGAAACGGAACGUUGUAUUAUUUUAACCACAUGUAGAGCCCUCCUUUGCAUAGAUUGCUUGUCUAAGAGGGUAGUACAUGGGAACAUGUGAAUUCUAUUUUAGGGUGAUAUAAACAGCAUUUUAUGAAUGAGA